CGUCUGGUUGGGUAAGGGAAAAGAUCAUACAUUGCUGUUGGGCUCUGAACCCUUUCUGAAUUGAUCGUGUGAUUUUUUGCUGAGACUGUUGGACGUGUUCUCGUGAGGGAAGUGAAGGCAUUUCAUUCCUGCCCUGAAGUUAGUCUUUUCUUCAACUUUUAUCGGCGUUUCGUUCCAUCGUUUCUUGGCGAAAAUGUCCGGUCAGACAAUAAGCGAUCGGUUGUUGGCCGCACGUCACUCGAUUGCCGGCCAAGGUCUGGCAAAAGCCGUUUGCAAAGCCACCACAGAAGAAGUGAUUGGGCCAAAGAAAAAACAUCUUGAUUAUUUGUUGCAUUGCACCAACGAACCCAAUGUUUCCAUUCCGCAGUUGGCCAAUUUGCUCAUUGAGCGGUCACAAAAUUCCAACUGGGUUGUUGUUUUCAAGUCACUGGUCACGACCCAUCACCUCAUGUGCUAUGGAAAUGAAAGAUUCACACAGUAUCUGGCCUCUAGCAACUGCAGCUUUCAACUGAACAACUUCCUCGACAAGGGCAAUGUGGCAGGAGCCACAGGUAUGGAGAAAAGUUAUGACAUGUCACCGUACAUCCGCCGUUACGCCAAAUAUCUCAACGAAAAAGCGCUGGCCUACCGGACCGUGGCCUUUGACUUUUGCAAAGUAAAGCGCGGGAAAGAGGAUGGCACACUACGUACAAUGGCGGCCGACAAGCUGCUCAAAACAUUGCCAGCUCUGCAAGGCCAGAUUGAUGCCCUGUUGGAGUUUGACUGUUCGGCCAACGAUCUGACCAAUGGUGUUGUCAAUACGGCUUUCUUGCUACUCUUCCGCGAUCUGAUCCGCCUCUUUGCCUGUUACAAUGACGGCAUUAUCAACCUCCUCGAGAAAUAUUUUGAAAUGAACAAAAAACAGUGCAAAGAUGCGCUCGACUUUUACAAAAGGUUCUUGGUCAGGAUGGACCGCGUUGCUGAAUUUCUAAAAGUGGCUGAAAAUGUGGGCAUCGACAAAGGCGACAUUCCUGAUUUGACAAGGGCACCGAGCAGCUUACUUGAAGCGCUAGAGGGUCACUUGGCUACCCUUGAAGGCAAGAAGCCGACAACGAGUUCUUCAUCGAACAUUAGCCUGGCGCAACACAAUGGCGCUAUGGCAGCUAACGCGGAACAGAUUGAUGAAUCUUUGAAACGCCAAGCGUUGGCUGAAGAAGAAGCGGCAAUGAAUCAGUAUAAAAAGAGCACCAAUCCGUUUCUCAGCUCGCCGACAUCGGCGACAGCUCCUUCUGCAGCUAGUGGGGGAAUUGCACCUCAAACGCAGCAGCCAAUCCUCGACUUGUUUGGCAGUGAUGUGGAUGGUAGCACGUCACAAACGACCCAAUCGGCUUACGAUUCUUCGCACAAGGCAUCGGACGAUUUGCUCCAGUUGGCCGCGAACCCGUUCGCUUCUCCGACAGGUGCGCCACCCAUUCCCGCCCUGCCGGCUCAGCAGCAAACCAAUUCGUGGGCAACGGGUCCUUCGCAAAACGGUUUCGGAGGUGGUCAUUUUGCUACGGACAAUUCAUUCGCCACCGCAUUCGGUGCGUCUGCUAACGGAUCGACUAAUGUUUCCGACGGCGCCGUGGCUAACCCGUUCGGCCUUCCGCAAUCCUCUCCGGCCCAUCACCCACCUCCGCCCCGUCCUCCACCUCCUUCUUCCGCUGCUACUAAUAUGGGCGAUCUCUUGUACGGUAUUGACUGUGUCGGUGUCGGUUCUGUUGUUCCGCCCGCUUCUUCCGGCUCUUCGCCGCUACCAGCUCGGGCCAUCGAGAAUCUGGUGGACGGUUUCGAUUUUCUCUCGAUGGACUCGACUUCUUCUAACACGACCGCCCCCACCAGCGCUCCUGCUCCGACAGAGAGUAGCGCUUCUCCAUCUAAACAAGCAGCUAAAGGUUUUGAUGCAUUUGGUGACCUGUUGCAACCGUCAGGCAUGGCCGGCGGCGUUGCACUUGGUCCUCAGGCGGCUGCUGUCAAGCCAUCGACCGGCCCUAGUAAUAAAGUGUUGACGGGAGACUUGGAUUCGAGUCUGGCGAGUUUGGCCAUGAACCUAACCAUCAACAAAACAACAGCGCCAAAAACUGGUCAGUGGAAUACUGGCCCAGCGGCAGCUAACAAGACCGGUGCUCCUGUUCAGCCUCAACAGCCGAAUGCUGGCCAAUGGAACCCACAACCAAUGAUGGGCAUGUCGAUGACCAGUGCGCCCAUGACGAUGCAGUCUGGUCAAAUGGCUUACAGACCUAUGGUUCCAAUGGCGCCCAUGACGGCCAUGACGGCUCCUUACACCGCCAACCAACCCAUGAACCCUACCAUGGUUUCGGGUAUCAGGCCGGGAAUGAUGUCUGGACCAUCUUCUGGCGCCGGUGGUCCUUUCUCCAUGGGAGCCAUGACUCAGCCGGGCAUGCCUAUGGGUUCUAGUAUCCGCCCGGCUGCCAAUCAGCAACUCGAUCCAUUUGGCGCCCUUUAAUUGAGAAAAAAAAAAAAUAAUCUUCUAUUUCGGAACAAUUUUUUUUUCCGCCAUCUCCCUUCAUCACUGCUUGAUUCGAAAGUUUCAAAAAUCGAAUCUUGUUAAGUUUCUUAUUUUUAUUUUGUUAUUAUUCUCGGUACUAUAGAAAUCGCUCUUCCUCGCUCCCCUGCGCAAUUCAAAGUAAAUUCGAUUCGAGAAAGGAGAAGGCUGAUGAAGGCAAACAUUCCACUGUUUCCAAGGGAGACUCUUAAAAGAUCUGAUAGUAGAAAUACAAAAACAAUUAAAAUAAGAAUUUAGAAAAAAAGGAGGAAAAAAGUGAAAACAAAUGUAGCCAGUCCCAGUGUGUGUGUAUGUUACGCAUGUACAGCAGGUGUGCGGGGAGAUAUUUUUUUUUUUGGGGGGGGCUAUUGUGAAUUUCCGUCAAGUUGUCUAUCAUCCAUAGUUUUUUUUUAUUUUUUAGGGUUUUUUUUUUUUUCGGUGGGGGUUGUUGUUCUAACUAGCAGCAGCCAAAGCAGAAAGUAACAAAAAUAACGACAUAGUGCUAUGGAGGUUUUCUAUGUAAUAUCUGUCUUUUUUUUUUUUCUUCACGUUUUCGUGUCUCUUUUUCUCAUUUAAUUUGUGUGUGUGUGUGUUGGCGUGUCUACUCUCUUUUGUUGAUAUACGUUUUCUACCUUAUUUUCCCCACUAUUUUGCCUCCGAGAGCCAGUCGGCAUGUUUUAUAUGGGUCGUUGUUCGAUUUAUAUCCCUUCCUUUCUCCAAUUGGAAUUAAAGUUAAAAAGUAGACCGCGAGAUUAUUCCUUUCCCCCGUCGCGCACAGCGAUUGCACCGUCAAGUUACUUUAUUAUUACUAUUAAAAUUAUCAUUAUUAUUAUCACAAUUUCGAAAGUAUACAAUCUUAAUGGUCUUUCCCGAUUCCAAACUUUUUCUUUUCCUACUGUUUAUUUUAUUUAAACAUUUUUUUUUGUGCGUGUUCAUUCAAAAUGGAAGGAGAAAAAUUUGCAUUUUUUUUCUUUCGUCUGUAUGCCAUUUGUUCGUUUAUCAAUAUUGAUCAAUUCAUUCGGCAAGAAAAAAAAAACAAGUGAAUUACUAAUGUUAGCGCUGUAUCGCUUUUUUAUUAAUUUAUUACCAAAUAUGGUGAAGAGAAAGACUUUACCAUAAAUCAAGCAGCAAAAAAUUCACCGUAAAAUCAGUAAAGUAGCUUUUUGUGUGUGUAUCGAUGUCUUUUAAACACCGUGCAUGGCUCAUUUUUUGCUGUAGAAAUAAUCGCAUUACAGCUGCAAAAAAGUCAUGUUAAAUACCUGUUAUAUCACGAUAAGGACUUAGCUCUCACAUUGAAUGACAUCACGGAAAUUUCCAUGAAUCGUUUUGUUCUUCUUACCCAAUUAGGUUUUAUUUUUUAUUAUUAUCCCUCGUUUUUGGGUGUUUUUUUUUUUUUUUAAUUCAUUUUCGCGCAUCCGAAAAAGAUACCGACAGAUGUCGUUGGAGAGGAAAAGAAAAAUUUAUUUGCUAUCACGACCCAUGUUCUUCUUCCUUUUCUCCCAUUGCUUGUAUUGUUAUUUGGUAACAAGUGAUGAAAAAAAGAAACACCAAAAACGCUGUGAACGUUGAGAACGACUUUUGAAGUUGAGAACGACGAAUACCAGAAUACACCAAUAGUGAAUUGUUGUCUUAUAUCAAA